ACCACGAUAAAGUCUCAGACCAGUCCAACCGUUGUCAGAUAACUUGAUUGUGUUUGAUUUCUCCAAGUUCUCCCAACUUCCAGCAACAGUUUUAUUGUUUCUGAUUGUUUACAAGUAAAUGUGGGACAGCAGCAGCUCAGGAGGUAGAGCAGGUGUUUCAGUAAUCAGAGGGUUGCGAGUUCUAUCCCAGCUCUGACCAGAGAGUGCUGCUGUUUGCCUUUGGGAAAGACGCUUAACCCUUGCCUGCUGGUCGGAGGCACCAGGGCAGCUGUGGCUACGUUGUAGCUCAUCCCCACCAGCGUGUGAUUGGGUGAAAGACUGAUUGUGUUGUGAAGCACCUUGGGGGGUUGUGGAACCCUAAGGUGGUGCUAUACAAAUAAAGGCCAGUUCCCAUCCACGUUUAAAAGAUCGGUUUAUCUUUCACAACCUGACAAGCUAACUGGACUCGCCGUCGCUCAGCAGAACCUCCUAAGAACCAGGGUUUUAUCAAAAUCCUCCCUUCUUCACCCUUUAUACACCUCUUAAACAAGUCGACUCCCUCGCUGCUCUCCUCCCUCACUGACUCACACACACACACAACUUUCUCCAGACAACACGCCACACUUAAUUAUCCACUCGCACACUUGUGUAUGUUUUUGGUGUGUGGUUUGCCAAUGAGGCGUUUUCUGGAGCUGGUGCUGGAGCGGGUUCUGAAUGUGUCAGAAAACCUCAGGCUGAGAAAAAACAGGAAACAGAAAAAGAAGAAGCUCAAAACUAGGAGAAACAAACGGGUGAUCCUGACCGUUUACCUCAACAACACUCAGCAGAUGCUAACAGAGGUCCCCAUUACCCCGGCAACCCGGGUGGUUGAUGUGGUGGAGUACUGCAAAGAGGCCGGCGAGGGCGACUGCCACCUGGCUGAGGUGUGGAAUGGACACGAGCGCGCUCUCCCUCAGGAGCUUCUGCUGCUGGAUCUCCUGCAGCAGUGGGGGGCCAGAAGGCCAGAGGUCAGCUUCUACCUCAGACACUGCCCCCCCUGGACUCAAGGAAGUCAGCCGCCGGCGGAGCAGAACCGGACCGCCGAGGCAGCAGAGAGUGAAAAGGAGCAGAGGCUGAGGUACCUUCAGCAGGGGGGCAGGUCCGGCCAGGGUCAGACUCAGUCUGAAGCUGAAAAGCUGCAGCGGCUCAAAGAGCGAGUGGAGACCCAGGAAGCGAAGCUGAAGAAGAUCCGAGCCAUGAGGGGUCAGGUGGACUACAGCAAGCUGAUCAACGGGAACCUGUCUGCAGAGAUCGACCACAUGAGCACCUUGUUUCAGGAGAAGCAGGCGGAGCUUCAGUCUGCCGUCAUCAGAGUCGACCAGCUGACCCAGCAGUUGGAGGACUUGAGGAGGGGACGUGUUCAGCUGCACUCUGGGUCCCCGGGUCAGGGGGGACCCGCUGGGUCCCAAGGGGCCCCAGGCCCCCACAGGGGGUCCCCCCUGUCUGGCCCUGCUGCCGUGGAGCUCAGGAAACUCUACCAGGAGCUUCAGGCGCGGAACCGACACAACCUGGAGCAGAGCAGCAAACUGGCCCAAAACAAGGAGCUGCUGAACAAGAGGAACGCCCAGGUGACGGUGAUGGACCAGCGCAUCUGUGACCUGAGAGAACGUCUGCACAAGAAGAGAGCAGAACUGAGUCGUAUGAACGGAGCAGGACCGGCCUCCCCCCAGAAGUCCCCCCACUCGGGCGGGGGGGUGUCGGGGCGAGUAGCGGCCGUCUGUCCCUACAUCCAGGUCCCGGCUGAGGGGAGACCAGAUCCUGGACACCCGCUGGCUGCUGACCCAGCCCCCAAACCCGGCCCGCUGAGCCACAUCCGCUCCCUCUCAGAGGAGGAUGAGACUGGUACCAGAAAGCCUCCCGGCCCGUGGAUUGUGUCGGAUUUAGACAUCGUUCUGUCUGAGCCCACGGAGACGUGGGACGGACCUCCGUCCCCACAAGGACGGGACGGUACCAACACCAGUGAAGCUUCCUGGUCCAGCCUCAGUAAGAGCGGACCGGACUGGAGGAUCUGUGGUCCAGAACAGCUGCCCUCUGGGUACGGUACCUACCCCAGUGCUUCCCAUCAGGCAGCGGGGCAUCACUCUACCACCAGCUCACUGCCCCGAUCUGCUCCUGGUACCCUGGGCUGGCCCAGAUCCACCUCUUCAUCGUCCUCCUCUUCCUCCUCACAGCAAAUCCAGCAGCGUAUUUCUGUUCCUCCCGCUUCGUAUCAAAGUUCUGACUCCGCCCCCCAACCCCCUCAGACAGAGCGUACUGACCCCCCUCCCGCUGUAGCCGUACGUCCCUACGUCCCCGACCACCCGUCCAGACCGCAGUCCCCCAGGAAGGGCCCCCCCACCAUGAACAGCAGCUCCAUCUACAGCAUGUACCUCCACCAGCCUCAGUCCAAGAGCUACGGAUCCCUGAGCAACAGAACCGCCGUCAAAGCAGUCUACGGCAAACCCAUCCUCCCCACCUCCUCCUCCUCCCCUUCCCCCAUCCCGUUCCUCCAUGGAGGAGGUGUGAAGGCAGCAGGGGAGGACGUUAAAGAUAAAGGAGGAGAGACCGGCGAUGGACAGGUUCUUCCUCCACCCAGCGUGGAAAACAUCCCACGCCCCCUUAGUCCAACCAAGCUCACCCCCAUGGCUCACGCCCAGAUGCGGUACCAGAGCGAUACGGACCUGGAGGUUCUGCGUCGACGCCUCAGCAACGCGCCGCGGCCCCUGAAGAAACGGAGCUCGAUCACAGAGCCUGAGGGCCCUCAGGGGCCGAACAUCCAGAAGCUGUUGUACCAGAGGUUCAACACGCUGGCAGGAGGGAUGGAGGGAGGGUCAGGUAACCCAUUCUACCAGCCCGACUGUCUUCUGGGAGACAUGGACAACAUCCACUCUGCCAAUGGGAACAUGGAGCCCAGUGAGAAGCCGGUAGGCGUCCCCGCUGUGGAGGCUGAAGAGUCCCGUCGCUCGUCUCCGCCCUUUGUUACCCUGGAAACGUCCAAAGAGACAACAGGACCAGCCGAAGGCACCAGUAGUGUCUCUCUGUCCACACAGCCGAGUCUACCUCCUGCUCCUGAAAACUCAGAGGACCAGAAUAACAACCAGAGAGGAAUAAGCCCCGCCCACAACAUAAGCAACGCCUCCCCCUCUCCUGCUCCUUUUGCCCCGCCUCCUUUGCCUAAGGUGAAGCGAACCAACCUGAAGAAACCAUCAUCAGAGCGAACCGGCCACGGUCUGAGAGUCAAGUUCAACCCUUUAGCUCUGCUGCUGGAUGCCUCCCUAGAAGGAGAGUUUGAUCUGGUUCAGAGGAUCAUCUAUGAGGUGGAAAACCCCAGCAUGCCCAACGAUGAAGGCAUAACUCCUCUUCAUAACGCCGUCUGCGCUGGUCACCACCACAUCGUCAAGUUCCUGCUGGACUUCGGUGUUAACGUGAACGCCGCCGACAGCGACGGAUGGACUCCUCUUCACUGCGCAGCUUCCUGUAACAGCGUUCACCUCUGUAAGAUGCUGGUCGAGUCUGGGGCGGCCAUUUUUGCCACAACGAUCAGCGACGUGGAAACGGCAGCAGAUAAAUGUGAGGAAAUGGAAGAAGGCUACAGCCAGUGUUCCCAGUUCCUGUAUGGUGUUCAGGAGAAGCUGGGAGUGAUGAACAAAGGUCUGGUGUACGCCCUGUGGGACUACACGGCCCAGCAGAACGACGAGCUCUCCUUCAGAGAGGGCGACACCAUCACCGUGCUACGUCGCCAUGAUGACACUGAGACAGAGUGGUGGUGGGCGAGGCUGAGCGACCGUGAAGGAUACGUACCCAGAAACCUGCUGGGGCUGUAUCCCAGGAUCAAACCCAGACAACGCUCGCUAGCAUGAAGCCCGGACCAGGAGGAAGAGGGUGGAGGCCAUGAUGAUUCAGAUAAAAGCUGGAGUCACUUUAUGGUAGAAACAAGAAUUCUGUCCACCUGGUUGGACCUUUGUUUCUGGACUUUUCCAGCAUUACGAAGACGCCGUAGCUCCCAGCUCCAUGCAACACAAAAACACAAGCUGUGGAGAUUACUGACCUUAGUUAUUUUUCCAUGGUUUCAUGUAAAAAGAAAGAACCUGAGCGGUUGGAUGAGAUGGAGGGGACGUGGAAGUGAAGCCGGAGAGGAGAAAGUGAGGAGGAGGACAAACUGAAAGUGUUUGAAAGGAAAGCCAGGAGAGCAGCGUGUGGUUUCUGCGGUUUGGUUCCAGAUCAGAGGAGGAUUACGGCUCUGAUUUCACACAGACGGCAUCUGGGAAACGUUACAGACCAGCGGCGCUUAGUUCAGGCCGACGCGUCAGACCGGAGACGAGGAGGAGCGCGUGGAGGGAAGUGAGUGGUGGUUACAGUUCAGAAUAACAGAACCCUUUUAGUCCAAAUAAUCACCAUAAAUCUUCUUCAGUUUUAAAUUUGAAAACUAAAGUUUGCUCAAAUUCUAGAAUGUAUCUUGUGACUGCUGAGACAAUAAAACCUGUUUGAUGUUUUAUUCCUUUAAAUCAUUUAUAACAGAACAUUUUCUAUCAUUUUUUCUGUUUCUGUUGGUGCUGAUGUAACACUCUGCUGCCCCCUAGUGUCCAUGCAGGUUUGUUUGAUGUGAAAAGGACAGCCUGUACCUAUAAAUGUAUAAUAAUAAUAAUAAAAGUAUAAUCAGAG